AUGGAUGAGCAGAACCAGACGUGGGUCAGUGAGAUUGUUCUCUUGGGAUUUCAGAAUCUCCACAACUUCAAGGUUCCCCUGUUCUCUCUGUUCCUUCUGAUUUAUAUUCUGACAGUUUGGGAGAACGUCCUCAUCAUAGUGUUGGUGGCCUUCAGCCGGAACCUCCACUCCCCCAUGUACUUCUUUCUCCAGCAGUUGGCCCUCACUGAUCUACUGGGCUCCACUAAUAUUGUCCCCACCCUGCUCCUAACUGUGAUUCAUGAUGGAACCACAUUGUCCCUUGUUGGGUGUUUCGUUGAGUUUUAUUUUUUUUGUGCCCCAGAAGCCUUUGAGUGUUUGCUCCUAGCAGUAAUGGCCUAUGACAGAUAUGUGGCCAUCUGCAUCCCCCUGAGAUACACUUCUAUCAUGUCCCACAGAGCUUGUGUUACAUUCAUUCUCAUGUUUUGGGCUCUUGGCUUUAGCAAUGCAAUGAUUACUGUAAAUAUAAUAGGGAGCCUACAAUUCUGUGACCAAAAUACCAUUAACCAUUUCUUCUGUGACUUCCUUCCUCUUCUAGAACUUUCCUGCUCAGACCUUUCUUUUCUGGAAAUAGAUGUAAUCAUACAGUCAUUGCCUCUCAUUAUUUGCCCCUUUGUACUUAUAAUUGUAUCAUAUAUGUGUAUUGCCCAUGCAAUCCUAAAGAUAGUGUCCCAUACCGGGAGGCAAAAAGCCUUCUCCACCUGCAGCUCCCACUUGGCCGUGGUCUCCAUGUUUUAUGGGACUCUCAUUGCUAUUUAUAUGGUUCCCCCCAGUAACCAAUCACAGACCGUAAGCAAAGUUCUCUCCCUGCUUUACACUGUAGUGAUUCCAUUGGUUAACCCCGUUAUUUACAGCCUGAGAAAUAAAGAUAUAAAAGAAGCAUUUAAAAUGAUAUUAAAAUAA